AUGGCGAUCUCAACGAGAUUGGGAAGGCGACUAUCCCUCCAGCAGAGGCAGCAGCGGUUUGGGUUCGGAGCCUUUCUCUUCAGAUUUUCGUCAAAGAGAGUAUUUCGUGCGAUUCUCAUAAGUCUCGCCUUCAUCGCUUUUGUCCCUCCCAUUUUCUUCUUCUUCAAGCUCAAACGCUUUCACCAGACGCAGUUAAGAAAGUGUGGCUGGCUAAAUGAGCCUCCUCUUGUGUGCGCGCAUGGGGGUGACUCAAGUAAGGCCUUCCCUAACACGACUGCAUUGAGAUUGACGUUUCUCGUUCUUUGGAUGGAGUUCUGCUUGCGCUCCAUGACAGGCAGGGAUUUGCAGCGGUUAACUGGAAACAAUGCUUCUAAGGUUGGGUACCUAAGUGUGAAAGAGAUAAAAGAUCUUGGUUCUGUGCAUCAAUCUGCAAGGAAGUUCCCAGAUGAAAAUGUUCCUACAAUUGAAGAGGCUUUGGAGGUAAUUUCAAGUUCAGUCCGGCGGGUGAUUCUAGAUAUAAAGGUCGGGCCUCCAUCAUAUGAAAAAGGGCUUGCAAGCGAUGUUCUUUCUGUUGUUAAGAGGAUGCAGUGUAAGAAUUGCCUAGUAUGGGCUAAAAGCGACAAUUUAGCAAGGGAUGUAAUCAAACUAUCAUCAGAUAUCAUGGUCGGGUACAUUGUUAUGAUUGAUCCGUCUACCAGGGCCAGAACCAACUUACUGAGGAUGAAAGGUGCUGGCGUCGUUGGUGUAUACCACCCAUUGAUUGAUGAGACACUUGUGAGAAUUCUACAUGGGAGAAAGAAGGAAGUAUAUGCGUGGACUGUUGAUGAUAUGGAUUCCAUGCAAGAAAUGUUGUAUGAGCAUGUUGAUGCUAUUGUUACAAGCAACCCCACUAUGCUUCAAGGUCUAAUGCAGAUAUCAGAACACAGUGUCUGGAGCACGAUAUCGGGUCACUAA